AUGAAUUACCUUAUUGGAGCUUUCAAGCCUGCAUGUAACAUAUCAAUCACAUUAAAUGACGCGAAGAUGCGGAAACAGGUUCCUGUGAAGAAGGAGAAUGGCCAAAGCAUUAUGAUUCCACUUUUUCAGAGCCAAGAAAGUGUUGCUGGCAAGGUUGUGAUUGAACCACCUCUGGGGAAGAAGGUCGAACACAAUGGUGUUAAGGUUGAGCUUCUUGGUCAGAUUGAGUUGUACUUUGACAGAGGCAAUUUUUAUGACUUUACCUCUCUUGUACGUGAACUGGAGGUCCCUGGAGAAUUAUACGAAAGGAAAACAUAUCCUUUUGAAUUCUCCACAGUAGAAAUGCCGUACGAGACGUAUAAUGGGGUGAAUGUUAGGCUCAGGUAUGUGCUGAAAGUGACUGUAAGUCGUGGUUAUGCUGGGAGCAUAAUUGAAUACCAGGAGUUUGUGGUACGAAACUAUACUCCACCUCCACCUGUUAACAACAGUAUCAAGAUGGAAGUUGGAAUUGAAGAUUGUCUACAUAUUGAGUUUGAGUACAACAAAAGCAAGUUUCAUCUGAAAGACGUGAUUAUUGGUAAAAUCUAUUUUCUUCUUGUAAGAAUCAAGAUAAAAAAUAUGGAUCUUGAGAUCCGGCGCAGAGAGUCGACCGGGUCAGGGGCGAAUACACAUGUUGAGACAGAGACUCUAGCUAAAUUUGAGCUGAUGGACGGAGCUCCUGUACGGGGUGAAUCAAUUCCAAUCAGACUGUUCCUCAGCCCAUACGAACUGACACCGACGCACCGCAAUAUCAAUAACAAGUUCAGUGUGAAGUAUUAUUUAAACCUUGUUCUGGUGGAUGAAGAGGACCGUCGCUACUUUAAGCAGCAGGAAAUUACAAUAUACAGGAUGCAAGAAGAUUCCUGA